AUGGGUUUGAGCCCGGCCUCCGCGAGGAAGGGCCGGCUCCACCUCUCUGGGUUCCCCAGAGGCCACCCCAAACCCGUCCUGGGAACCGCAGGUCAGGGCCCAGCGCCAGUCACCCUGCGGCCCCUCAACUGUGCGGAAAUGCUCCCCCCACCCCCACCGAGCUGCCGCGGCCUCCAGGCGGUCCUCCAGCUCCCCCUGCCCAAGCAGUCGCAGCAGGGAAAGUCAGACCAGGGCCAGAGCCAGCAGCAGGGGAAGAAGCCUGUAGUUAAAUUGGAGACCACACCCAACCAGGAGACAGCAGAGUCAAAUUCAACCCCAAAGCCUGGGAGUGCAGGCAAAUUAACAAAGCACGCAGCUGAGGGGGAACCAAGACCCAGACCCGGAGACCAUGAGAUUUUUCGAAUUGGCUAUGAGCACUGGGCCAUCUACGUGGAAAAUGAUUGUGUGGUCCAUCUGGCUCCCCCGAGUGAGCAGAUUGAGGCGGGCAGCAGCACCUGCGUCUUGAGCAGCUGAGCCAUCGUGAGGUACAGCCGACUGGAAAUGCGCGGCUGCUCCCGGAAGAUUAACAAGCUGGACAGGACCCACCUGCUGCCUGUGGACAAGAUCAUGCAGCGCACAAAAAAGAUGGUCAACAGGAUAGUGCCAUACAGCCUGAUGGAAGGGAACUGUGGGCACUUCGCCAACCACCUCAGAUAUGGCGAGCCUGGGAGCCAGCAGGUCGAGCACGCCCUGAUGGAGGGUGCAGCGGAGGCCGCGGGAGCAGUCCUCUCAGCUGUGGUGGACGGCAUGCGGCCCAAGCCAGCCACUCCUGAAGAAGAAGUCGAGCACGCCCUGAUGGAGGGUGCGGCGGAGGCCGCGGGAGCAGUCCUCUCAGCUGUGGUGGACGGCAUGCGGCCCAAGCCAGCCACUCCUGAAGGUGCUGAGAACUCCAAGCAGAGGAAGAGCUGCUGA